AGGUCAAAAUCAUUACGGGCCAUACCCAAUUGACGUUGUUUAUUUUGUUGUUGUUAUUGUCACUGUCAGUUGUCAAAGUAUACGAUCAUAGAUACGAGAAAAUGAACCUUAGGUACACGUGCAAGUGAAUGGCGUAAAGUAGGUUUGAUUAUAUUAGAAACUAAUGUUAUUUAAGAAAAGUGGAACAACCGUUCUUGUCCUAGUAUUCACUAUGAGUUAUACGCCGUUAAGUCUCUUACUUUCAAACAGCAUUUGCUUUUGGAAUAUUGUCACGAGCUAACACAGAGCUGAUAACUUACCUUCGACAAUGUUAAACAUAUUAGAUUUAAUUUUUCUAGGCUUGGCCUUUAUGGUAACUUUUACAGGAUUUCUAAUUAAUAAUUUUGAAAAACAUGUACCAGUUUUUAUCAUUAAAGGGUACAGGUACGGCAGCUUUGCGUAUCGUGGCUCUGGUGCGACUUAUCUCCAAAUGAUAGAGAUACCAAAAGCAUAUUACCGGCACUUUUAUUCAUUUUCCUCAGUUUUUUGUGUCGCUACAUUGAUUUAUACAAUUUUAGUGUAUUUUUUCAAUUUAAAUGUUAGUUCCUUAAUUGUUUUUAUGCUGAGGAUACUUCUGGAGCAAGAUGAACCCGGUGUGUGUGUUACCGCAGCAGUGAUAGCUCUGAGUUUACUGGCAGUGCAAUGUGCCAGACGUUGCUAUGAGACUUACUACCUGCAGGUAUUUGCCAAGUCCAGUAAGAUGAACCUCAGCCACUAUUUAGUUGGCAUCGCUCAUUACUUCGCAUGUAUAGUUGCUGCUGUGGGCCAGGCACCACUAUUUUGUGGUCAUCAAAAUAGAGAAAAGAUAAUUUGGACAGAUACUCGAACAACUCUUGUCUCAGUCCCCUGCAUUCUUAUCUUCCUGUGGGCUUGUAAUGAGCAGUACCAGACUAAUAUAAUCUUUGCAAAUCUACGUAGAGACAAGAAGACCGGCAAGGUUGUAACGGAAGACCACAAGAUACCAAAUGGAAGAUUGUUUGAGCGAGUCUCCAGUCCGCACAGAUUGUGUGAAGUUAUUUUGUACACUGUACUACUAAUUUUAAUACCAACAAAGACAUUUUUCUGCAUUUAUUUAUGGGUAUUGAGUAAUCAGAUUCAGACCGCAAUCCAAGCACAUGAAUGGUACAAAAAAUCAUUCAAAGAUUAUCCAGUCAACAGAGCUGCAAUAAUUCCAGCUUUAUUAUUUUACAAAUCAACAACUUUGUAUCAAUUAAAAAUGUUUAAUAUUUUAGAUAUAAUACUUUUAAAUUUUUCGAUAACUUUUGUGAUCGUAGGCAGUCUUAUAACUAACUACGAGGAACAUGUGCCAGUAUUUUUAAUUAAAUUAUUUAGAUACGGGAGUUUCGCUUAUAAAGGGAAGGAUGAAAAAUUAUUUAAAACAAUUGAAGUGCCCAAGUCGUAUUUCAGACAUUUUUACGUGUUCUCCGCUGUUUUUAGUGCUGUGACAUUAAUUUACAUGGUCUCGAUUUAUUUCCUAAGUUUUCCGGCAAAUACAUUUGUGCAAAUCAUUAUGGCGCGAAUUUUUACAGACGAGGAACCUAAAGUAUCAGCAAUGGCGGCAUUGUUAACCCUUAGCCUGCUGACGUUACAAUGCUGUAGACGUUGUUACGAGUCGCACAAGCUGCAAGUGUUCGCUCGCACCAGCAAGAUCAACCUCUUUUUCUACGGUACCGCUUUUGUCCAUUACGCUGCCCUCAUACUGAUCGCAGUUGGACAAGCGCCGUUGUUUUGUGGGGAACAAAAAGGGGAUAUCCAAUGGACGGACGACUGGACGAAAUUAGUGUAUGUACCUUGCAUACUUCUAUUCCUCCUCGCUUCAUACGGGCAGUACAAUAGCAACGUGGUGCUUGCGAACUUACGUAGAGACAAGACGGGUGCGGUAGUGACGGAGGCGCACAAAAUACCUCGCGGUAAAAUGUUCGACAUCGUCUCCAGUCCGCAUAGACUAUGCGAGAUCGUCUUAUACGUUGUGUUGGCAACACUGACGCCCACAAGGACGAUGCUCAUCAUGUGUUUUUGGGUUUUCUGUAAUCAGAUUCAGUCCGCGGUGCACGCCCAUGAAUGGUACAAGAGGACAUUCAAAGAUUAUCCAAAAAACAGAACAGCAAUAUUCCCUUAUUUAUUGUAAAACUUUUUGUGUGAUAAUUAAUGAGCGGUAUUCGUUACGUUUUUUACUGCUUUUAUUUUGAAUAAACUUAUUUU